CCCUUCCCAAGAGUUAACAGUCGAUGGCCGUCAUCCGUGGUGUUCACUCCGACGGGAUUUGACAUUUGUUUUAUUUUCUUUCCUGUUCUUUUUUAUAUUUUUUGUUUCCCGUUUUAUCUGGAAUCGUGUCAAACACGCCCAUUGUUCCGUUUUAUUUUAUCUUUCGACCACUUGUAUUUUUUUCUUUCUUUUUAAUUUUCCCUCCGGAAAACGACUUUCUUUUUUUCCAAUUCUCCCUUUUCCUGUUAUGCGACUCGACUUGGCUGAUUGAUCCGGCGAUGUGAUGGAUUUUUCCGGUCCUUCCUUCGAAGGGGCUGAGGUUGGGAUCGAUGAAAAAGAUAUUAUAAAUCUCGUGGAAGGGCUCACGGAUGCAGGUAAAUACUCGUACGCCGGCCUCUGCGCCAUCACUCUCCACAGCCUGUUCUACGACUGCGAACCCGACCGGCCGUUCUGCUACGAAUGCCUUUCCUGCGUCGUCAGCCACCUCGGCCUCCCGGACUCCGUGUCGCCGAUCAUGGACCUCCUCCUUAAAGGCGAGAUGUCCAACUCGGCCGAGUCUUUCCUCAAUGUCCUCAACACGGAGGCCGUCCUUGAAGGAAAUCUCUGCUAUGUACUCCAAGACCUCGUAACAGUCGCAGUUCAGAAAGAAUUAAUUUUUUGGGGUGAACAUUUUUUUAAAAAUGUUUUAGGUGAGUACGACUCGCGUUGGAGGGUGUUGAUACGCAAGCUGAGGGAGCUCAUGGACGUCGAGUCGACCGAUGUCGAAUUUUACGAGAUCAACGUCAUCAACUGCCUGACACAGGAACGGGCUAGCGUCACAGAGGAGGAGAGGAAGACGACAAAGAAGCGCAACAGGAUUACAAAGGCGAAACGUUAUGCCAUGAUCGCUCUGGCAACGAUCGGUGGUGGGACUUUGAUUGGUGUGACAGGAGGACUAGCGGCUCCUCUGAUCGGAGCAGGUCUGGGCUCUGUUUUGGGAACAUCGGCUAUCAUCACCGGACUGACUGGUGCGGCUGGAGCGGCGGUUUUUGGCACGCUUUUUGGCGCGGCAGGAGGCGGACUUGCUGGGUACAAGAUGAACAAAAGGGUUGGUGAAAUCGAAGAAUUCGCGUUCGGCCAGCUUGGCCCGUACACUGACAAUGGACGCGAUGGCGUCACAUCGGUUACGACGCCUCAGCUCGACAUAACAAUUGCCCUGUCUGGAUGGAUCAACGACGAAAGUGAAGAUAACUUUACGAAGCCUUGGAAGACGCUGUACUCGUCUCGUGAGCAGUAUUACCUGCGCUACGAGUCAUCAUACCUGCUCGAAUUGGGCAAAGCGAUCGAGUACUUCAUGUCUAUGGUGCUUACAAUGGCAACCCAAGAAGCGUUGAAAUACACCAUACUCUCAGGUUUGGUGAGUGCGAUCAGCCUACCAGCUGGUCUCAUGAGCCUGGCGUCUGUCAUCGACAACCCUUGGGGAGUCUGUUGCAGAAGAUCGGCGCAGGUUGGAAAGCAUUUAGCGCAGGUAUUGCUGAAUCGUGAGCAUGGGCGCCGGCCGGUGACCCUGAUCGGCUAUUCACUCGGUGCGCGCGCUCUCUACUACUGCCUCCGAGAGAUGUCGGAGCGUCAGAACUGUGUCGGGCUUGUCCAAGACGCUUACCUCCUUGGUGCCCCGUGCACGGGCAAUGCCGCGAAAUGGGACAAAAUUUCGAAAGUCGUCGCCGGGAAGCUCGUCAACGGAUACUGCACGACGGAUUGGCUGUUGCGUUUCCUGUACAGGACGCUUUCGAUGCCAAGAGGUGGAGUGGCUGGAUUGCAGCCGAUCGCCAUCGAAAGCCGGCGGAUCGUCAAUCACGACCUGUCGCAUAUUGUGUCCGGGCACGGCGACUAUCCGGACAACAUGCACAAGAUACUUAAACACAUUGGCGUUAGGGUUGUCGAAAUUCAGCCUAUCACCGCUUCCAAAUCGCACGACGAUCUGCUUACCGUUCCUCAAGAUGUUCAGAUUGCCACGAUUACGAAAUCCUUGUCCGACUCUGUGAUAUUGACCGAACCAAAAAAAUGACGAGAAAAAAAUGCAGACAUCACGUUUAUGUUUGAUAGGUGUAAAGUGAAGCCAAAAAUUAAAAAAACAAAACAAUUGUCCUCAUCCUUCCUUAAUAUAACAUCGUACUAAGACAUUCCAGACGUCGUAUGAUAAGGACCAGUAUACCAGGUAGAGUCUUUCAAUAUUUGUUUUACCUUCCAUUAAACAUUCCCUUACCUACAUAUUAAUUUAUGUAUAUUAAUGUUUUUUAAACACGUUAGGUUUAAUUCAUAACAAAACUGUUGUAUAAAAAAAAAAAAAAUAGCACUUUACACAUAUCCUAGCGUGUGCCUCUUAGCCUAAUAUAAGCACUUUAAAUUAUUAUUAAGCAUUUAAAUAUAUUUUUGAUGCUUCAGAUUAUAUAAAUAUAUGUUAUAUAUAUAUUUUAAUGCGUGUAUUUAAAAAAAGAAAAGAACAAAUAUAUGUAUAUGUUGUGAUUCGGCUGUCAUCUGUAGCUUCUAAUUAAAAUUCUAUUGACUGAA